AUGGGCUUCUUCAAGCACCUCCGCGCAAAGUCACAUAACAAAGGCAGCGAUAGCAACAACAGCAGUCCGAAACACUCUUCACGAUCUCCCCUUGCUGUUCGCCCUGGACGUGACUUUGCUGCCAAACUACCCAAUGACAUACUCACCAAGAUCAUGGUGCAGGUCGCGCCGCAUACCCAAGAUUCGACAUUCGAGCCUAGUGAGAGGUCGACCGUCGGCGAGGGGUGUAUGCUGUGCGACUUGAGGGAUCUAGCCAAGGCAGGUCAAGUCUGUCGCCGCUGGUAUAACGCUGCUGCCACUGUCNUUGAGAUCCUCGCCGAAAGGAGACAGAAAAAGACAUUCCUCAAGGCUCCCAUCGAGUCCGGCGAUGUUCCCACAAUCAGGUUGGCUCUAUUCUGCCGUACCGUACGAGAGAAUCCGAAUCUGGCACAUGGCGUGACUAUGCUCAAGCUACCAUACAUGACGCGAGAGACAGCAAAGGCCGACCUUGCCCGCACCAUAUCCGUCCUGCCCAACUUGAAAUACGUCGAUCUGCCCGACGGAGCUUUCAAUGGCGACCCGAACUGUAUGCCUCUGGUCCAUGAGCUACAGGCCCGCUGUCCCGAUAUCCGCAAGAUGAGCUACAGAUCAGGUUCCGAGGGCUCGUUUGAACAAUUAGCUCGUCGCAACUGGCAAGGACUAGAGAUUAUCGAGAUCUCGGGCAUCCACGUUGAACCCAGCACGCUGCGUAUCGUCCUCGGUUCUUUGCCAGCUCUGCGCGAACUCACCAUGAUCGAUCUGCCAUGGCUGGACGACACCAUCUUCUACCAAUCUCCAAUGCUUCCGGACUUCCCUGCUCUGAACACACUAGCUUUCGAAAACACUCCUAGGAUCACCGCCGAGGGCAUGGGUGUUUACUUUGAAAAACCACUCAACCGCAACACUCUGCAGGACCUUUCAUUGAACGGCACUGGUAUCGACCCAGUCCACCUCCACCACUUCUUGUUCGACGCUUCCUCUCUACACUCCCUAUCCAUCGUCGAAACUGUAUCCAACUCUCUCGCUCUCUCGCUUAACGACCUGCCACCUCUCGAAUCCAUCUCUCUCAAGGUGCUCCAUUAUGAACUCACCGACUCAGAAGAUGCCCAUGGCCUACAGAAACCCGCAGCCUCAUACUACGCAUACCUGGCUCAGUCACUACACGCCAACGGUCUGCCUGCUCUUUCGCAGCUCUACGUUCGUGAUGCCGAUUUCGCUGAGAUCAUGCUGCUACCCGCACCACCGACACCCUUCAUGGACGGAGGCGGCAACCAACGUCAAAGCGUCGUUGGAGCUAUGAACCCUCCCCGCGGUCUGCAUCAACCUCUAGAAGUCUUCUCCAAAGGUCUGGACGAAGUCGAGUGGGCGUUCACAGCUUACGAACCACCACCACCAUCUCACGGCCGCCAUGGAUCCGGUAGCAGUGGGCGCCCACAGAGCUCAUACAAUUCUGCUCGUGGUCUCGGUCCUCAAUGGGCACAAGGCGGCUUCGGUGGCGAUGCACGUAAGAGUGUGAUUGUCGGCAACGGCUAUGGCGGUUUCCUAGCACUCCCGCAAGAAGAGCAAUCACGACCACGAUCGUCAGCCGGCCACAUGUCUCGUAGCUGGGGCGGCAGUGGCAGCAGUCCUGGAAACGGAGGCGGUGCACUCGCUGCUCUUGCUACCAUGGGCACGAGUGUUGGCAGCGGUGUUGGCGGUAUUGGCAGUCGUGGCAGUUGGCUCAAGCCUCCACCAAAGAUUCCUGGUGCUGAGAGCAAUGGUCACAAGCGUGCUAAUAGUCGACAGGAUCUCUGGCGAUGA